AUGGCGGUCAAAGAAGAGCUUCCAGUGGCUUCGAGCCACAAGACGGAGAAGAAGCAGAAGAAAGAGAAGAAGAAGCGAUCCCGGGAGGAAGACCCUCUUGUGACAGACGAACGCAAGCACAAGCGAUCCAAGAGCACAGCCAACCGUGCAAUCUCACCAGACCUCUCGGCUUCUGCGAACACAGACGCCAACGAUAGUGUUGCCGAGGCCGAGAAGCCAACCAAAAAGUCGAAAAAAUCAAAGAAGAGCAAGCAGGAAGCCCCAGCAGAUGCCGGGGAUGCGGUGCAAGUGGUUGCCGACAAGAAGAAGCGACGCAUGUCCAGGAGUCAAGAUGACGAAGACGGCCGGUCCGAACUGAAGGCCAGCGCCAAGAAGAGCAGCAGCAAGAAGAAGAGCAAGAAGGAGCCUACGCCAGAGUCGUCCGAGGCCGAGCAAGCUUCAGAAUCCUCAGAAGACGACGAAGCCGAAAACCCCGAUGCCAUGGACAUUGACACGCCUUUGCAGCCCAACCCUCCCAAGUCUACAUCUAGGCUGCACCAGCCGCUCGAUACCCCCGCCAAACCACGAUACCCAUUCUUCACACAAACCGUCUCCCUCUUCCUGCCCAUCUACCCCAUCGGAUGGGCUGGCCCCUGCACCGCCGCUGCGACCCAGCACCUCCAGCCCAUGGUCAACCGCUACGUGCCAGUCCUCGGCGGUGUUCUGCUCGGCUUCCGCAACGUCGCUGUCUCCGAGCGCCCCGGCCGCGAAGACGCGGCGACUAGCGACUCGGACGUUUGCAAACUUGGUGCCAUUGAUGAGUUCGCCGUCGGCUUCGGCUGGGUCACGGCGGACGUCGACCUCUUCGUCCCGAAGCGCGGCGCCUGGAUGGAGGGUAGCAUCAACCUCGAGAGCGAAGGUCACGUCGGCGUCGUGUGCUGGGGCAAGUUCAACGCCAGCAUCGAGUCGGCGCGUCUACCGCCCGCGUGGCGCUGGGUCCAUCUUGGCACCGACGAGACCGCAGCGACGAGCGCCCACGACGACACCGUUUCCAACUUUACUGCCGAGGAGCAGCACGGUGCCGUGCGCCAGAUCCACGCUACGGGUUACUGGGUCGACGAGGCUGGCCAAAAGGUCAAGGGCCGUGUGCGCUUCCGUAUCAAGGCUUUCGACGUGGGCGUCAGCGGAGAUCACGGCUACCUCUCCCUUGAGGGAACCAUGCUCGACGCCGCUGGCGAGGCUGAGGCGCGCCAGCGCGACGCCCAGCAAGAGCUACGGCGGCGCAAGGGCAAGUCGGGCGGUGUGCUGCGCAAGGAGCGACGAUACGUGCCCGACUUCAGCAUCACAAAGUUCGGCGAAGUUGAGAACGAGGAGGAGAAGGCCUUGGCGCAGGAGGUAUGGGAGCACACCGAGCCGGCCAAGGAUGCCGCCGAGACGGCGCAGGACGGCGAGUACGCCGGGCUUUCGCACGAGGCCGCUUAG